AAAAUCAAACUCAGUUUUGUUCUACAUUUGACAAACCUAACGUUAUAAACAUUCUAACUGUCUUCAUUACUGCAUCCAAUUGUUUUGGAAGUACUACUGCAAAUGCAUCCAUCAGUUUCAUAAAUGAUAUUUCUCGUUGCAAUUUUACGACUUGCUCAGCACUUGAAAGUUUCACGUUAGAUCCUCAACAGCUUGCUAGUACAGCAAGUUCUAUUUCGUGCAACUUUACGUCCGUCACUCAAAAUCAGCCUGUUUCUUUGAGGCCCAGUACUGAUUCGACAGACUACCUUACAACAAGUCCAACUACAUCAGAUAAACAAACAAGUACUCCUACAUUGAUCAAACAAACAAGUCCAACUACAUCAGAUAAACAAACAAGUACUCUUACAGCGACCAAACAAACAAGACCAACUACAUCAGAUAAAUCAACAAGUCCCCCCAUGCAAGCAAGUUCAACUACAUCAGCUAGACAAGCAAGUUCAACUAGAACAAAUCAACAAAAAUCAAGUCAGUCAACAACAUACAAACAGAGAUUGAGUCUAACUACAGAAUAUCGUAAGUUAGCUACCCAUCCAAUGGUCAGAGGAGCGUCUCCUCCACCUCAGAAAGAUUCUAGCUCUCAAGAAAUUCCUAUAUACAUUAUUGCUGCAGCAAGCGUUGGUGCACUAGUUUUGAUCAUCGUGAUCGUCAUCAUUAUUGUUUGCUGCAAACGAAAAUCAGCUCGCAAAAGAGAAUUGAACUCAGACCUUCAAACAACUCAACACAUUUAUCCAAACAGCAAUACUGCAGAAACAAAGUUUGAGGUAGAUGUGAACGUCGACGGUACCCCACCCGAUUCAAUGACGUUUUUGCCGUCCAAGCAAGACCCCAAGACAAACGACGUGUUAUCGACUUCUCUCGAAGAAGAAUUUGCUGAACAAUCCAAACUCUCGUCUUUUCUUUCUAACGUCGUUGAAACGCAUUCAGCUACUCCGGGAGAACUGCUACACCCAGACAACAAGGCAGCUGCAGCCACUGACGAUGUUAGAAAAUUAACAAACCAGGAUUUGCCUCAAAACGAAGUAACAAGUACUCAAACAACCUCUACAGUGAACCCUGUGGAGCAUUACGCUGUACCAAGUUGUUCCAACGGCUCUGGACCCCGGGAAACUUUGAAUUCACAGAUUCCUAUCCCGUUCUAUCAAGUCAUUCCGUGUCGGAAGGCCGACGAAGUGGAUGACGUCAACAAUGUGACGUUGAUAGAAUCUCGGGUAGAAUUCAACCAAGACGCGAAAAAUGAAAUGGGAAACUUCAAAACAGCAGAAGAAGGCGGAUCUUUUCAAGUUACUACACUUUAUGCUACAGUCGACAUGGCCAAGAAAACAACCAAAGAAGAACCUCCACCAAAGACGAGUGAUGUUCAGUAUGCAGAGCUAGAAACGAGUUUUUCUGGGUCGAUCCAACAGCUACUAGCAAAACCAAGUGUCGUAUAUUCUGAAAUGAAUUCUGAACAACCACCGCCCAGAAACGACGAACAGAAACUCUGAAGAGACUGAGAAACGCAAAUGUUUCAUCAACAGUUUAACGUUCUUCAUUCAUUAACUAGUGACUGUUUAGUUGGUUUCAGUUUCAAGCAUUUAUUUCUAAUUUUUGAAUAACAUUUUUAGGUUUUUUGAUUUUUGACUCUAGCUGCAACGUUGAUAACGGUUACAAAGACACAAAGCAUUCGCUUUAUUGUACUGUCAACAAAAUACACAAAACUGGCCUUUG